AUGUCGACUGGAUACGGCAACGACUAUUACUCCACCGGCGACUACAGCGGCUCCAUGCCAAUGGCAGUCCCGGCUGGGAAGGACCGCUAUGCGGACCAUUAUGGCGACUACUACUCCAUUGGUGGGAACAGAAGCCAUGGUGCCUACUCAGUCUCACCACCGGAAUCGGAGGCGGCCGGCAGCAGCACUACCGCUUCUGGCGGGCUCUCCUACAGCAGCCCGUCCGGAUAUGCCUCCUCGGCAUACUCUUCCUCUGCAGCCUACGGCGGCUACGAUAGCUACGCAUCCAGCAGCCAAGGCGACUACGACAGUGCCGGGUCUGCAAGCGGGCUCGAUUUCAACGAGUACGUCCAGGACCGAUUCGACCAAGUCCGGGACCAGAGUGCUCUCGACAACUGCACUGUUACCCAGGCAAAGGUUUCCGGUGGUCUGAACGCCAAACAGCGAGAGCUGCUAGACCUGCAAAAGAAGGCCCAGGCACGCCUUGCCAAGUCGCGCGCCCGAUUUGCGGAUGGCAUGCAAUCGGUGUACGAGGUCCGUGACGAUCUCGAGUGGACACAGAAGACACUUUCAUCCAUUCAAUCCAAGGCGUCAAAGAAGCACCCAAAACAAUACAAGAAAGCUCGCGAACGAUACCCUUCUCCCGACUACUGA